GCAGCAGCGGCGGCGGCGACAGCGGCGCCGCCCGCGGUUCCCACCGGGGCCCGGGCGCCGGCCCCGCUCUGCAGGAUGGGCACGGUGCUGUCUCUUUCCCCCGCCUCUUCGGCCAAGGGCCGGAGGCCCGGCGGGCUGCCCGAAGAGAAGAAGAAAGCGCCGCCCGCAGGGGAAGAGGCGCUGGGGGGCUACGGGGCGCCGCCAGCAGGCAAGGGCGGCAAAGGCGAGAGCCGACUCAAGCGGCCGUCAGUGCUCAUCUCGGCGCUUACCUGGAAGCGCCUGGUGGCCGCGUCUGCCAAGAAGAAGAAAGGCAGCAAGAAGGUGACGCCCAAGCCGGCGUCCACUGGUCCCGACCCCCUGGUCCAGCAACGCAACCGCGAGAACCUUCUCCGCAAGGGCCGGGACCCCCCAGACGGCGGCGGCGCCACCAAGCCACUGGCGGUGCCGGUGCCCACCGUGCCCGCGGCCGCCGCCACCUGCGAGCCGCCGUCGGGGGGCAGCGCGGCCGCCCCGCCGCCGGGUUCGGGCGGGGGAAAGCCGCCGCCGCCGCCACCCCCAGCCCCGCAGGCGGCGCCUCCGGUGCCUGGCGGCUCGCCGCGGCGGGUCAUAGUGCAGGCGUCCACCGGCGAGCUGCUGCGCUGCCUGGGCGAUUUCGUGUGCCGACGCUGCUACCGCCUCAAGGAGCUGAGCCCGGGCGAGCUGGUGGGCUGGUUCCGCGGAGUGGACCGCUCGCUGCUGCUGCAGGGCUGGCAAGACCAGGCCUUCAUUACGCCCGCCAACCUGGUGUUCGUGUACCUGCUGUGCCGCGAGUCGCUGCGCGGGGAUGAGCUGGCGUCGGCCGCCGAGCUGCAGGCCGCCUUCCUCACCUGCCUCUACCUCGCCUACUCCUACAUGGGCAACGAGAUCUCAUACCCGCUCAAGCCCUUCCUCGUGGAGCCCGACAAGGAGCGCUUCUGGCAACGCUGCCUGCGCCUCAUCCAGCGGCUCAGCCCCCAGAUGCUGCGGCUCAACGCCGACCCCCACUUCUUCACGCAGGUCUUUCAAGACCUCAAGAACGAGGGCGAGGCUGCCGCGGGCGCCGGGGGUCCACCCAACGGGGGCGCGCCCGCGGCCCCCGCCUCCUCCUCGGCCGCCAGGGACAGCUGCGCGACCGGAGCCAAGCACUGGACUAUGAACCUGGACCGCUAGGGAUUCCCAAGGG